CAAACAGCUAAUAUGUUACAAUUUCAACAUAUGUACUUGAAAACGUGUUAUCAUCAAUGCCGAUUAAAUUUAGUUGAGAGAAAUAAACCUAUAUAAAUUAAGAUGUCUCAUUUAUUGAACUUAAGAAGACUCGUGCUAUUAUUUUUAUUACUGCCACGCAGUCGUCUUUGCACUUAUCUACCAACAAUCUAACAAAAGAAAGAUGUCAACUUGCACUUCAAGAAGCAGUUUCCAUGGGGUUGAGUUUUCAAGCACCCAAAGCCUUGCCUAUCAUACUAAAUCCACCAACUCGAAGUGAACAACUACAGUUGUCUAAGAAACACCAAAAAGAUCACCAAUCUCAACGUGAUACUGAAAUAAGUAGUAUAUCAAUGCCUUUGACAACAUUGGAUGAGAAUCAAAGGAAUGCUAAAGAAUCAUUACAUUUAUGGCUUUCUGAAACACAACUCAAUCAAUUAUUGGAAUACAACUUUUUAGAUGCAUAUCGUGCUCAAGCAGGUCAAGGCAGAAGUAUAUCUGAUUUAACUUGGGACUCUAAUCAUUCACAGUCAUAUCAAAGUUUAUGCUUUUGGCCAGAUUCAAUUUUACCAAAACAAACAUGUUGUACAUUCCAAAUGGAGUUAGGAUUACUUCAGAAAACUACUGAAGAAUUACACUUGAGUUUAUCAAAUUAUUUAGGUAGAUGGCAUAAAGAAUUGUCAAGUCUACGAACUUCAUUGAGAGAUGAAUUAAUUCAAAGCCUUGAAAUGUUGAAAAUAUCACUGAAUCGAACAUUGUGCUCAUAUGAAUUAUUGAAGAAUAAAAAAGAUAAUUCACAAAGUAUUCUAUCUAAUCGUACAUGGAGUUGCUGGCAACAUACAAUGGAAUUAGUUUCCAAGUUUAGCUUAGUGUUAGACCAGUCCUUUUUAACACAAGAUGAUAUUAUCUUGGAUUUAAUGUUUCCUGUCGAUAACUUUUUAAUGCAGUCAUUGUUGGAGACAUCUUGUCAGAUGCAUAUUACAGAUGCAAAAAAUAUUCAAGCUGAAGAAUUGGAUGAAAAAAUAAAAUGUCAUGAAUAUUGUCAAGCUCGAUUGAAUUUAAUUUUUGAUUCCUUGACGGGUCAUUCAGAUUUACCCUCUUUAACUCGAAAAUCAAGAAAUUUAAUUUUAAAUACAGUGAAUAAGUCUACAAUUUCUAGUCAAUCAACUUCACCAUUAUCAGAUGAAGAAGAUGAUGAGUAUAUUGUGGAGAAUGAAAAUCAAUCACUAAAGCGUAGAGAUAUAAAAUCUUCAAGUAACACAAAUAAAAAUAUCAUUGAUGAACAAAAUCAACUGAAUAAUUUCUUCUUUGAAGCAGAACAGUAUAGAUUAUUGUAUAGACCAGAAUUAGUGUUUACAUUCAGACUAAACAGAAAGCUUAUUCAAUCACUUGAGUUGGGCGAAUCAUUGAUUGAUGGAUUAAAAAAUUUUAAUAUUGCUCAAGGAACUUGUAUGAGGAAACUAAUGCGUAUGCAUCAUUGUGCAUUAUGUGCUGGAGAAACUUUGUCAAGACCAUGUCCUGGAUUAUGUUCAAGAAUAUUACUGAACUGCCUUAGACCACUCAAUCACUUGAAUCCACACUGGCAACGUUUCACAGAAACUAUCAAAGGUGUUGCUAAUAUGUUCUUAGAAAAGUCUAAUUUAAGGCUAGAAAAACAAUUUGAAGACUUUCCAGAACGACUUGUUAAUUAUUAUCAUCAGUUACUGAAUACCUAUCACAACUGGUUGCAACCACAAUGCUCUGGAAUAGUGAAAUUAUAUGGAGUAUUCAAUUUAAUUAAAAAUAACUCAAAAAAUAUACGUCAAAGAAUGAAACGAAAUCAUGAAGAACGUUUGAAAAAGUAUAAGAAAGUGUUUGAACAAAUUAAAACGACAAUGGAUGAUAUUACAAGUGUUUGGUCACGAUCUGGCACAGCUCUCUGCUCAGAAUCACCUUAUCUUGCAUUACUCAAUGGAAGACAUGAUCAAUGCUGGAAUGGUACAGCUAUUUCAAGUUUUAAUGAAGAGAAAUGUACAUUUUGUCAACAUGAUACAAAAACACUUCAAACUGCGUCUACUGUAUCUCAAUAUCUCAAUUAUCCUAACAGUGACAUCAAUAACAAUGCAAAGACCACUAUUCCAUCAUCAAGUAGAAAACAACGUACAUCAUUUAUACCAAAUAAUGAUUUACAUCAGUCGAAUGCAAUCGAAACAGAUGAUCUUCUGUCAGCGUCAAUUGCAUCAACUAAUUAUUUGUUAAAUAAUCCAUCAUGGAACUCACCACUUCAACAUGAUAAGGAGUUAGCUUUUCGACGAGCAAAUGAAAUUCUUGUACGAGCAUCUAGAGAUCUUGAUUGGUCUGUAAAAACACUUCUAGCUGAAACAAAUGCUUACAAUUCAUUGAAUACAAAAUCUAAUUCACAGAAAGAUGAAUAUUUACAAGGUGUAGAUAAAUUGAAAACUAAUUCAUGGGUACAAAUACCUACAUCACAGAAACCUGAAAAUACAGAUGUUGAACAAUAUGAAGCUAGUAGAAAUUCACAUGGUUCCCAUUCAGACAUGACAAAUUCUUUAGGUGCACUGGCAUAUGGAUCAAUUCUUGGUUGGAAUGCACAAGAAGAAGAAGAGCGUAGAUUAUCAACAAAUCUAAGAGGUAACAAUCCUUCAUUGUUUGAUACCUCUUCAAAUCCAAUACAAGAAAUGACAAAGAAAAAGAAUUCAACGGAUAAAUCCCAGCCAUCAAAAGUAUUGGAUAGAAAUCCUUAUAUCGGAUCCGGUUUCAUUCCAGGUUGGCCAUUGUAUGCAUGGACUCCAAUAAGUUCACCUGGAAAAGAUAAUCCUUAUGAAAAGCCAGUAGACAGUAAUUUUCCUCAACAAGAAAUUAAUUAUGAAGGAAGUGGUUUCCACAAUCCAAAAGAUUCAUUACCACCUUCUGGAGAAUAUGACUAUCCUCAAAUGUUUCCUUUCGUGAAUAUGAAUUCUCAAGGAUUGAACCUGCCAGUUUUAAGAUCAGAAGAAAAUGUAACACAAAUUUAUAGUGAUAUGGUUAAAAACAGUAGUAAUGUAUCAUCCAUAGACUUGUUACAUAGGUCAAAUAACCAGCAAUCAGCAAGUAACUCUACAUCUUUAAGAAAAAAUAAAAAUUUCAAUGAGAAGAAGAAUUUAGCUGCAACUAUUUAUACUGAGAAGAUAAAUUAUUAUCUCACAGUUAUCAGCUUAUCUGUGAUGUUUUGGAUCUCUUCAGUAACUGUAUAAAUUUGAAAAUGUUCGUGAUCAUUUAAUUUUAUGGUAUUACCUUUCCAUUUGUCACAUUCAUUCACACUAAACAAAAUGCACCUACAUACAAGCAUAUGUAUGCACACAGACUUAUCGUUUAAUAGUAUCCCUUUUGGAUCAAAUCACAUAAAGUGUACAGUAUUACUCCUUUUCUCUUCAAAGAUGAUACAAGAUUAUGAAUUAUUAGCCUAUCCAUUCAUUAUAUUCUUAAAAAGUUCAUCGAAAAUGAAAAAAAACGUUCUACCAUUCGAAUGAAUACAAGUCUACACCUAGUCUUACUAUGACCUUCAGUAUUCUCUCUGUGGUGGUGUAAAUGCUUGAUUUAGAUGCUUUUUCUUUGAUUUUACUAAACCCUUUAGAAAAAAAUUACAGCUUGAUAUUAUCAGCCUUCACCAAGAAUUCAUUUAGACUUCCUAUUGUUAACGAAGGCAACACAUAUAGUCACUCACAAAGUAUGCAUAACCAUAAAGAAUGGAGAAACAAUGUGCAUACCUAGACAUCUAAAUAUCAUCCAAUCAUUUUGUUGACUUCAAGGUCAAUAUCACUUCACUUCUAUCGGAAUGUCACAUUUCAUGAAAAAUAGGCAAAUUUGUUCAACUUUCUUUGCAUUUCAUUCGAAAUUGCUUAUAAACUAAAUAAUGAUUUGUAAUACACUUAACUACUACGAGCAUUCAUUACUUAAUCUAUUGAUAUGACCUAAUUUUACACCUUGCAACUGCAAUGUGAUUGGCUACCUAGUCAGCCAAUAGAAAUUUUACAAAGGUGAUAAAAAGUUAUCUUAACAAAAUGUUCUUUUCACUUUGAAAGUGAUCUAUAGUGAACUGAAAAAAAAUAUCAUUCAGGAAAGAAUAUAACACUAUUUCUUCAAUGGGGAAUAGUACAAUGUAUGGAUUGUGCGGAAGCAAAAGAAUACAAUUUCGUCAUGUUAAGUACAUAGAAGUGAACAACAAGAAUCUGUGUUUUUUCUUCUCCUGUUUACAUAAUUUUAAUGAUAUUCAUAUCUCGACUCAUAAUAAGAGGAAAACUAAAUAAACAACUUCUGG